UCCACCUCCUCUUCCUCCUCCUCUUCCUUCUCUCUGCUUCCUUGUCUCCUCCUCUUCUGCUGUCUGAAUGAAUGGAUGAAUGAAGCAGGUAGUCUGAUGCUGUGGGCUGAGCUCCUCCAUGGCUGCCAGUACUACCACUGCCACCUCGGACCGGAGCACCCCAGCCUGCUCUCCUGUGCUGCGAAAGCGUUCCCGCGCCUCCACGCCCCAGCUGAGCCCCGAUGCUGACAGCAGCAUGGUGGAGAAGGGCUCCUCAGACCAGGCCUCGGACCGCUCCCCCACCACUGAGCAGACCAUCCAGCACCAACGCUCCACCUCCCAGGCCCUCCACCCCACCAACAGCAGCAGCCGCAGCGGGGGCAAGAACUCCAAGAAAAGUCCGAGCUGGUACAAUGUAUUGAGUCCAACCUACAAGCAGCGCAAUGAGGACUUCAGGAAGCUCUUCAAGCAGCUGCCGGACACUGAACGCCUCAUCGUGGACUACUCCUGUGCCCUGCAGCGAGACAUCCUCCUGCAGGGACGCCUCUACCUCUCAGAGAACUGGAUUUGUUUCUACAGCAACAUCUUCCGAUGGGAAACUCUGCUGAUGGUGCGACUGAAGGACAUCUGCUCCAUGACCAAGGAGAAGACGGCCCGCCUCAUCCCCAACGCCAUCCAGCUCUGCACCGACAACGACAAGCACUUUUUCAGCUCUUUCGGGGCGAGGGACCGGACAUACAUGAUGAUGUUCAGACUGUGGCAGAACGCUCUCCUGGAGAAGCCUUUAUGUCCCAAAGAGCUGUGGCACUUUGUCCAUCAGUGCUAUGGUAAUGAACUGGGUCUGACCAGUGAUGAUGAGGACUAUGUCCCUCCUGAUGAAGACUUCAACACCAUGGGGUACUGUGAGGAGCUUCCUGUGGAGGAGAACAUCGAGCAGAGCCACGACACCAGCAACAACCUCAGCAAGAACCCCGAGGCCAAGCCCGAUGUGAGCCCCCUCGUGCCUCACAGACCCUUCCCCGAAAUCAGCCCCCCGGAGCUGCCCAGCACGGAGCCCCCAGCCCCUCAGUGUGACCCGGCCCCUGUGGAGGACGUAUCCAGCCCCUUACCUGACGCAGACUUCCUGACCCUUCCCCUGCCCGAGAACCUCUGCAACACCGCCCCUUUGCAGCCGCUGGACCUCAACGAGAACGAGGACCUGCCCACCGAAUUAAGCGACUCAUCCGAGACACAUGAUGAAGGUGAGGUCCAGGCUUUCCACGAGGACCUGGGUGGCCGGCAGUUCAUCAACGAAGUGUACAAGUUUGGUGUGGACAAGAUGUAUGACUUACUCUUCACUGAGUCUGACUUCAUGAGGGACUUUCGGGAGCAGAGGAGGUUCUCAGAUGUGGUGUAUCACACGUGGAGGACAGAGGAGGACGGUAACCAGUCAAAAGAGAUCAUGUACACCAUCGCCCUGAACAAUCCCCUGGCUCCAAAGACAGCCACGGUCACUGAGACACAGACUCUGUACAAGGCCAGCCAGGAGAACGAGUGCUACAUCAUCGAUGCAGAGGUGAUCGCCCACGAUGUUCCCUACCACGACUACUUCUACACCCUCAACCGCUACAUGCUCACCAGAGUAGCCAAGAACAGGUGUCGUCUUAGGGUGUCAACAGAGCUUCGGUACAGGAAGCACCCAUGGGGGCUUGUCAAGGGCUUCAUUGAGAGGAACUUCUGGAGUGGCCUGAAUGAGUACUUCAGACACUUAGAGUUGGCGCUGAGUAAGCUGGAUGUGAUGUUGAUGGAGCCUCACAGACAGUCACCUAAAACCAAGGCUCUGAGGAUGUGUACCAGCCGCCGGAGGAAACGGAUACUAGUCCAUCACCUCAGAGCUCCGGGGAACAUGGACAAGGCUUUGAGCCCUGUCAGCACUCCUGAGAACGAGGAGGACGAAGACAUCCACCUCACCAAACACGUGGCAGGCCAGCCCUUCAGAGGCCACCAGCUGAUCUGUGGUUCCACACAGACCAGACACAUACCUGACUCUCCAGGUGGUUUUGCACUCUACAACUUCUCCAAACUCCUGCUUCUCAUCGGCCUUGUGAUCUCUAUAAGCCUGGUACUGCUGGUGGUUCUCAACGUCAUGCUGUUCUACAAGCUGUGGAUGCUGGAGUACACCACUCAGAGACUCGCUGCAUCGCAGGGACUGAGACCUGAUGAAAGCGGAGCUCCGGACACCCAGCUGGAAUGGGUGCAGCUCACGGACUCCCAGCAGCGCUACGAUAAAGAGGAUCUCCAGAAGUGGAAGGAGAUAAUCAGAUCCUCAGUGGUGCAGCUCGAUAAGAUAAAAGACUCCCUUCUUCAUCUCCAUAAAAGCAUUGGCCUCAAGGACCACCCGCCACACCCUGAGUCUGAAAAAAGGAGAACCCAGAAUAACUGAUCGAUAACGUCAAGGCAUGCGGACAUGAUGUGCAAUAUUCAUCCUACCUUUCUGAGCCCAUGGAGGGAAGGUGGCCUUCAAAAGGCCCUGCUGGGUGUUCAGUCCGAGCUGCACCCCGCUCAAGUGACCUCAUCAGACCUGCGGGAGAUGAGAUGGGAUUACACACUGCUGUGUCUCCUGAAGAGAGACAACAUCUUUGGCAGGAUUUGUCUGCAGCUUACCUUCCAUCUUGAUCAUCCACAUUCCUUCUCUCCACACGAUGCUGCAUCAAAACCUUUUGUUUUUUGUUCACAUCCAGACAAAGAUCAGACUGACCCAAAGCAUGCAACUUCUUCUCACUUCCGGUGCUUUGCCAAUUGAGAAUCCAUAUUGGAAUUAUAUAUGCAUUCGCUUUGAGAGGUGCAAAAACACAUAGACAUUUUCCUACCCUUCAAGGAUCUCAAACAGCUGCUGUAUCUCUUUGUGUUACACCUUGAGAAACAUGAUGAGAGACGUUAACUAAUCCACAGCCUGCAGUAUCAAAACUACACUGGAAAACCUGACACUUCAAUGAAAUGUAUUAUAUCAACAGAUUUCACAUAACUGUAUUAGGUUAGUUGAAAGCACUAAUAUUAAGUUUAAAUAACAAAUAUUAGGUUCAACUUAAUAUUAAUAUCUUUCAUCUAACCUAAUAAAGUUAUGUGUAAUCUGUUGAC